AUGCCUCUUCCUAAAUACACCUACACGGGCCCAAUUGACCACGCCGUGGUGCCCGAUCUCACCAAAGCCAAAGGCAAAUCUGUCAUUAUUACCGGAGGUGCAAAUGGAAUGGGCGAGACCAUGGUGCGCGCCUUCGUUGAGGCCGGCGCCUUCGUCACCUUUGGAGACCUUCACCCCCGAGGAGAAGAUCUUGCUAAGGAAUUAAACGCGAAUGGUGAAACUGCCGCGUUUGUCAAGUGUGAUAUCACAGACUGGGACCAAUUGAUUACACUAUUCGAGACGGCCAAGACCAAGAGUCAGCAUAACAGCGUUGAUAUUGUCAUUGCAAAUGCCGGAAUCUCGCGCGCAUCGGGUGACAGUCUGUGGAACCUCGAUGACCCCAAUGGAGCACCCACCAAGCCCAAUCUCAAUAUCGUCCGUGUCAACAUGGACGGGACAUUCUAUACCUGGAAACUCGCAGUUCAUUAUUUCAGAAAACAAGCAGAUACCCCUGACCGCGACCGAUGCUUCAUCAUGACUGGAAGUAUGGUCGCAUACAUCGAUUCGCCAGGAAACUGGGAGUACACAGCGACCAAGUACGGCCUACGAGGCUUCAUGAAGACUGUCCGUCGAAGCAGCUGGGAGCAAGGAAUCCGAAUCAACUAUGUCGCGCCAUGCUGGAUCAAGAGUGCUAUCCGGACCAAGGAGUACGAAGCUUGGCUAAUUGAGCGUGGUGUCGAGUUCGGUGAACAAGCUGAUUGCGCCGGUGCAAUGAUCCGCAUCGCCUGCGAUAAAUCCAUCAAUGGCCGCUCACUCAUGAUCACACCGAGGAGCAUAGCCAAGGAGGGAUUCAUGGAUGUAGACAGGGAAGACUAUUCCGACCCCAGAGACGCAUACUUCGCGAAAAAGCAAGCAUCACAAUUGGUCAUCAUCGAGGAUAAAUGGCUGGAUGAUUAUAAAAGACAGGGUCAAGGACGGCCAGUCACUAACAUCCCGGCCACUAUGUACGCGUGGAGGAAACACAAGGGAAACCCCGAGCCUGUAUGGGAAGAGGUUCCGGUCCCUGCGACGCCCAGUGGGGGAUUCCUAGUGAAGUUGCUAGCUUCUGGGGUCUGCCAUAGCGACCAUUCACUUCUCACGAGUGAAAAGCAGCGUCCUUGGUUCCAAGAAAGAUAUACCCUGGGUCAUGAAGGAUGCGGCGAGAUUGUACAGAUAGGCAACCAAGUGAAGGACUCCGGUUUCAGUGUGGGGGAUCGAAUUGCGACUAUCGCCGUCCCUGGCUGUGGCUCAGAUGACUGCCCAGAGUGCUCACGGGAUCUCGCUCAGCUAUGUGAGCAGGCUCACCACGCUGGUAUUGGCCAAGACGGUUUCUAUGCCCCAUAUGCUGCCCUAGACCUUCGAGCAGUAGUUCAUGUCCCGGAAGGAAUUCCGUCAUCUGUAGCAGCAGUAGCAACGGAUGCUGUCAAAACAAGUUAUCAUGCCAUUGUGAGACGUGCAGAGGUCAAGUCUAACGAGACGGUCUUUCUAUUUGGCCUUGGAGGCCUCGGGUUUAAUGCGUUGCAAAUUGUUCUGCAUAUCGGGGCUAGAGUUAUAGUUUCUGAUAUUCGACAAGAACGGUUGGAGGAGGCUGCGAGAUUUGGUGUUCCUCGAGAAGAUCUUGUACCAGCUGGAAAGUCAGUACAGGAUUUUGUGCGCGAGAAUGGGUUGCAGGGCAAGAUUGAUACCACAUUGGACUUUGUGGGAACACACCAGACUUUCCAGGAUGCACAAAACAUUGUUCGCAGAGGAGGGAAGCUUUUGUGUGUCGGUACUCUUGAUGACGAGAACACAAUCGACAUGAAGAUUGGCAUUCAGAAGAGACUGAGCAUUAUCUUCACAUACGGUGGGCAAUGGAGAGAUCUUAAGGAAGUCCUGGAUUUGAUUUCGAAGGGGGUGAUUAGGCCACAGGUAGAGACCGCCGACUUGAAGGAAUUUCCCCAGGUGUUGAAGGGUGUUUGUGACGGAAAGGUGAAAGCCCGGGUUGCCUUGUUGCAUGAAUAG